AUGAACUUGUUUCUUUCUCGAGAGAGGGAAUCGUCUUUUAUCGUUCGAGAAAUUAAACAGAUUUUGCAAUACAGAGAUGAAGAUGAUGCAAUUCAUUUAUAUAUAUAUAUAUAUAUAGAAAGUCGGGAGGCGAUAGGAAGUUUGAAUAUUAAUAUAGUUUAUCCACAGUCUACAAAGAAACAAUCAAACAACAACAUAACAAACCCCUUACAAGAAAUGUCCGAUUAUCAUAAAUUAGUGGAAAACUUAACAGAAGAGCAAAUCCUAGCAAAAUUCCCAGACGUUAUUCCAUUAGACACUCGUCCAAACUCAAGAGCCUCAGGUAACUCUGAUCUGAGUGCUCGCGAUCAAAAAGCCUUCACGGGACAUAAUGAAACACAAAUUCAAUUGAUGAAUGAAAACUGUAUCGUAUUGGAUUGGAAUGAUAAUAUCGUAGGUGCCGCAACAAAGAAGACUUGCCAUCUAAUGGAUAAUAUCGAACGGGGCCUGCUGCAUCGUGCGUUCUCUUGUUUUAUAUUUAAUGAUAAAAAUGAAUUAUUAUUACAACAACGUGCAAAGGAAAAAAUUACUUUCCCACUAUUAUGGACUAACACUUGUUGCUCUCAUCCUUUAUCUAUCGAUGACGAAAUCGGUGUUAAACAUCCAGGUGAUUUGUCUGCAAAUGUUAAAGGUGUUAAAAACGCUUGUGUUAGAAAAUUGGAACACGAAUUAGGGAUCCCACAAGUGGAAACUUUAACGAAAGGUUCUUUCCAUUUCUUAAAUAGAAUACAUUAUAUGGCGCCUUGUAACGACCCGGAAAAGGUUUGGGGUGAACAUGAAAUCGACUAUAUCUUGUUUUUCAAAGUCACUAAGGGUAUGGAAUUGACUGUUAAACCAAACGUUAAUGAAGUAGAAGAUUUUAAAUGGGUCGAUUGUAACACUUUCAAAGAUUUAUUAAAUGAUACAGAAAAUUACAGUUUUACUCCAUGGUUUAAAAUUAUUUGCGAAAAUUAUUUAUUCAAUUGGUGGAAUCAAUUGGAGGAUCUUUCAAAUGUAGAAAAUGAUAAAAAUAUUUACAGAAUGUUGUAA